UUGACAGUUGACACUAGUGCGCAUGUCCAGGAAAAUAACCUAAAAGAUUUUAUUUUUAAUUAAAAAUAAACAUUAAAAUGAAAACGGAAAAUUCCGCUAGUAUAGAGUCAAAAAAAUUUCACAUAAACAGCGCGUAUAAAGAAUUUACAGAUCGUCAAAAGAAUGUUUUCGACCAACUUGGUGCCAUCGAAACAAAAACGAUAGACACACUAUCGAAAAACGAUACCAAAAUGGAAGUGGAGGAGCCAAUCGAACCCGAAAUUCACAUCAGCAGCACACAGCAUUCAAAAUUGAGACAAUUGCAAGGCCAGGAAAGCUUAUUUAAAAAACCCACCACACGACCAUUGAAACACAUCAAGACGCUCCUCAAUCGAACAGUUCCCGACUACCAAAUCAAUCCACACAAGUGGACCCGGUAUACAUUAGACGUCCCGCAAGAGGAUAUGUCCGAUAAAGCAAAUGUCAGUGCGGCGAUGUCAUUUUUAAAAGAGCUCAGUGAACGAGAUCGAGAUGAAACAUCAUCAUCGUCAUCGGAAGUCGUGGAUGAAAUGCCUGCGAAAAUUGUCUUUAAAAAAGUCUCCCCAAAAGUAAUCAAAGCCUCAGAAGCUGAAGCAUCUGUUUCGUUCAGAAAUUCAAAGAUCGUAAUGCCUGAGUAUGUCGUUGGGCAGAAGGUAAAUAGAACUAAACCGAAAAAUACACAAACAAGGGUUGAAACGGAAAAGGCGGAAAUAAAAUUGGAUCACAUUAGUAAUUAUGAUGACGGUGAAGACGAUAAUUAAAUUUUGUUUUUAUUUUUUUGUAUAUUUUUAAGUGUAAAUAAUUGUAUUACGUAGGUACUUCUUUCUAAUACACAAUAACUGUUGAACAUUUUCUGUAUUACAUGUUUCCUGAUGGA